AGAGUAAGGAGGUCGACAGAUUUGGAAGAAUGCGUAACCAUAAUUUAGCUUCCUGCUAGCCUCUCUCCACCGAGUUGUAUUAUGCGAAUGCACGAGCAGGCUGCACUGAAUGGUUUGACCACUGCGCAUACACCUCUCCAGGUUUACAGCAAGCGAAUGUGCAACCACACCAACACUGUAGUAGGUUAUUUGACAGUGACAGCCAUCUUCAGCAGCCACCUACGGGCCUGAGUGGAUUCGUCAGCUUUUCUGUAGGUUUGGCUUUCACCCCCAAAGUCUCCUCUGGAUAUCAGCUGACCAUGGUUGUCUGAACAGAGGAAAGCAGGGAGAAAGCCUGGCACAGCGAGCAUUCACUCUAACACAGUGAGGAGUGGGGAAGUACCGGAGCGAAGAGAAAAGGCUAAUUUAAACACAAAAAUGUCUCAGAACAAAGAACUGGUGGUUUUCUACAUACAGUAUAAACUCUCCCAGAGGAAAUAUCCUCUCAACCAUAUGGGACUUAAUGAGCCUCCGAACAGGACUGAUCGGGGGGAGGCAGGUUUGGGGGAGGAACAGCAGACAGCGCCGCAUGCCAACGGAACUCUAAACGGCGUGAAUCCCGGGACCCCCCCAGAGUCCCCACUGCGGCUGCAACGGUUGCCUUCAUCGCCGAGCCUGGAUGCAGUAAAAGAGGCCCUUCGGGACUCGGCCAACGAGUUUGAGCUGCGGUACGCGCGCGCCUUCAGCGAUCUGCACAACCAGCUGCACAUCACGCCGGCCACGGCCUACCAAAGCUUCGAGAGUGUGAUGAACGAGGUGUUCCGGGACGGCGUCAACUGGGGCCGCAUCAUAGGGCUUUUUGCAUUUGGCGGGGCGCUGAGUGUGGAGUGUGUGGAGAAGGAGAUGAGUUCGCUGGUGGGCAGGAUCGUUGAGUGGAUGACGGUGUACCUAGACAACAACAUCCAGCCCUGGAUCCAAAGUCAAGGAGGAUGGGAGCACUUUGCUGAAAUCUUCGGGCAGGACGCGGCGGCAGGGAGUCGAAGGUCUCAGGAGAGUUUCAAGAAGUGGCUGCUGGCAGGGAUGACCCUGGUGACCGGGGUCGUGGUGGGCUCACUGAUUGCCCAGAAGCGCCUGUGAGAGGAGAUGGACCCACAAGCCUCUAAACAAUCUUCUCCCACCAUCCUUUCCACCCGCCUCCUUCACUGCCCAUAUUGUACUCACCACGGAAGUAAAAGAAUGAAGGCCCUGUUUGUCUCAUCGGAACUGCUGAUGAUGUUUACCUACCCCCCCCCCCCGUCACACACACCACAGAGUGGACUGAGAAUCCUCACGUGUUGUCAGACUUUUGAGAAAAGAGACCGGAGGGGGAGGAGAACUAGUAUUCAUGUUUUCCCCUGAUUCCACCCUGACGAAACAUGCGUGGUCAUACAGAGACGGGCAUAUUAUUAUUUUUUUUCAUUGUUCCUUCUGAUCCCUUUCUCCACUCGUAUAAUUUUUCUUUUUGUAUGUAUUAGUUUUUAACAAAUUUUGGUUUCCCAUUCUCAUCCUCGUAAAAAUAAAAAAGGUAAAAGACCUGAACCUCUCUGAUACAAAGAGUCGGCGCGUUGUGUGGCCUUGGCUGCUCUACGCGUCUCAUCUUGCAAACUCGCAGCUCGACAAUAGCUUUGUCUGUGCCAUAUGGCAAAUGAACGCAGGGGGGAGGAUGUAGCACCGGCCCCCCGAACAAGCUUCUGUUGUCCCCCAUUUCCUGCCACCCUGCCAUCCAGAUCAGCUGCCCACGCAGCGUAACAUCAUAACCUGUGACUCCAUACACUGAUUGUUUUUGUCUUGCCCUUUUGUCCUUCAUGCUUACAGGUUUUUUUUGUAUGAAUGGUGAAUGAAAAUAGGUCAGAUUUUAAUUUACCAAAACUAAAAGCCCAAUGGGAAACUAAAUCCUCUGCUUGUUUGUGUUUGUUGGUGUGUUUUUUUGGGGGAUUUCUGAACCAUUAAAACCCCUCUGCUCCCGCUGAUCCAUGCUCUAUGAUCAUACUGUACUUGGCCUCGGUUUGAUCCUGUUUGUGUUUAGUCAGCCUGCUGACUGCCAGAUCACUGUGUGCAUGUAUGCGUGUGUGUGGCGGGUUCUCAGAAUCAGCGUUAUCUGCGUUUCAUCUGAGCAGGCCGCCACGGCUCAGACCAUCCAUGUUGAAUACGCAGUAGCUAAAGGAUGCAGCAAAUACUGUAGCAGCACACACACACACACACAAGUGAGAGAGGGCGGCAGCGGUCACAGUGACACUCUGGAAGAUUAUUCAGCAGCAUCAACAAUCAGAAAGGUCGAAUAUUUGGAUGUUAAGCUGUCACUUUGGUAAUGCUUUACUUGAACCACCACAUUGGUCAGUUUAAGUGUUAAAUAAAGUAUUUGUUGUCAAUUAGUUGCAAACUAGUUUGACAUUCCUGCUCUUUCUUGUUGCUAAGUGGCUUAUUUUGACAACAUUUCAACAACUAUAUUUAAAUUGCCUUAACAAUGCAUCUUCAGUUUGUUCAUCUCAACCAAUAUAUUGGGCAAUUUAUCACUUCAGACAUGUCACCCAUACACUAUCUUUUAAUACUCCAGUUGUAGAAGUAACAGGAUCUCAUUGUUGAAAAAAGUGUUAAUAAACACUUGAAAAUAACUGUCUGAUUACAACUAUAUUAUAGAAUUAUUAAAAAGUUUUAAUUAUCAAGUUAAUUGACAGAGCUCCGAAUCUCACAUGAUGAUCCAUGACUUUCUCUCUUUCUCUCUUCAGCCAUUUUGGGUCUUUUGCCAUUUUUCACAGUUUUCGGACAUUUUAUAGACCAGACCUGUAAUCAAGACUGCAGCCGCAGUUGUUUAUAUACACUGCUCAAUAAGGUUAAAAUAAAGUACCACUCAUUUUCACUCAUAAUUGUGUAAGACGAAACUAUUUAGCUGUUUUUUUCCUGCUAAUCCAAUAAACAUUCCAAUCUUUUUCAUCUGUUAGUCACAUCUUACAAGCAUGUCGGCAAACAUCCGACGUCUGAAGGUUUAUGUAGCAAACUGAUGAAGCAGCUGCCUUCUGCAUCUGAAGUGAUUUGAGUUAAACGUGAUAAGGAAUGUGUCACAAUCUGUCUGUUCACCAUCUUCAGCAGAUCAGCAGCUGUCGGUGGCUGUUGGGGCGUGACACAAGACGCCCAAACCUUCAUAUCGCAUCUCACACACACUCCUUCACAGUACCAACCUCUCCACUUCCCUGCCUCGUCCUCCCCACACACCCCAACUCCGUCUCAACUCUCCUCCUCUUUUCCCUCUCCAUCCAGCUCCACCUCUUCCUCUGCGGUCCCACAGCUGUCACUGCACCUAGUCAUGUGUGUCUGUCAUAGGUUGGCCCCCCUUCUGCUCAACACACAUACACACACACGUGUAUUUCGUAUUAUACCCACCUGUCAAUCACAUGUAGAUGGGGAGAAGCUGGAGUCGGAGGACUGUUUGUCGUGUGGUGUUUGAUGCACUGACAACUGUCAGCCGGGCUAAUUAACUAGGAAGGGAGGGAAAGGUGCCCGUGUGUGUGUGCGUGUGCGUGCGUGCGUGCGUGCGAGUUUAAGUGUGUGGGGUUCUCUCUUCCCUUUUCCCAGGAUCUUCCAAUUGCUUUAAAUUUCCGCUCAUUCUAAAAACUGUCUCCAGCUCACAACACUAUGUCCUGGUGUAACAAAGCACAACACAGGGCUAACAGGAAGCUCAUCUGACGAGGAGGGCUCAGCACUAGAUUCAACUGUGUGGAGCCACAGAGAGUGGACAUUAAAGAGAGCGGCCAUAUGAAAUGAAUGAAUCUGGAUUUACAGGUGGAACAUCCAUCACUACACUGCCACACACAGCUGUGCCGCCAUCUUCGAAGCAGGACUCGUCUCCCUUCAUUGGUUUUGACUUUUGCCCUUUUCCAUCUGCACAGUUCAGAGAAUCAUUCACCAAAUUAAAAGAAAAGACAAAAAAAAAGCCUUGACCCUGAAUUGACUGUUGAUGAGACUGGCCCUCUACGUGCUUGUGUCCUGAGCAUGUCAUUAGCCAAGGUCUGCUCCCAUACAUUCCAGUCCAGUCUAUAUACAUAUAUAUAUUUUUCUAGUGUGUGCCCCGCCAAGAAGCUGCUCAUAGGCUUUCCUCUACUGACCAGGCCCUCACUAAAACAGGUUCAACAAGUUCCCUUCCUACACAUUGCGUGUGUGCGUGUGUGUGUGUGCGUGCGUGCGUGCGUGAGGAUGACUUUCUAUGUGCCGAAAAUGUUGCUGAAAUAAGCACAAAUGAAGGAAAUGUGAAGGCAUUGGCACGACCCUAUACAUACAUAUAUAUAUACACAUAUAUAUGUAUAUGCUAGUUAUUUAAACUGAUUAGAAUAGUACGUUAGCUUAGUGACAUAUUUAAGAAAAACAGAACUGAUGGCUUUUAAACAUUAUUUAUAUUUGGUGUAAAAAAGCAUAAUUGUGCCCCUUCAAAUGGCCUUAAAUUCCACCUUUGCGUUGUUGUGCAUUGUCUCUCCUGUCUUUAUUCUCUAGGAUUAUCGGACUGCUACUAGACAAAAGAAAUGCAGACAAAACAAGGAUUAUUUUCAAAAAUGUUGGUCUCUGAGGCAUCUUUGUUCGUCAUGAGAGUAUAGAAUCAAAGAUCGCAACCAUGUCCAGUGGUUUGACUGUCUGUAAUAGAGCGGCACUGUAAAAAUUAAACUACAUUGAACCUAAUAAAGCCCAUGUUGGAAGAUGUA